AUGUCAGAGUCAGUAAACCCCAGUGAAUCACCUGUCGUCGCUGGCAGCAGCAGCACCAGCAACAACAACACCAACAGAAAGCCACCAGAGAUUGAUUACACCAAGCUGCCAGCCGGAAAAGAGCUGAAGAGCGAGAAUCUUCCUGCACCCAAAGACUGGCGGCCUUGGGACAGAGUUAAACUGCCAGUCGAUAUUUUGUUGCUGACAGUGGUGGAUUGCGAAUUUCUCGCCUGUGCUCAUUAUUUGAAACCGGAAUUCUAUACAAGUUGUCACGAGAAGCUUGGGCCUGUGUGUUUUGGGGAAAUUGGUGAAGAGGGGCAAGAUUCCUUGAAAAUUGCCCUAUAUCAAAGUCCAGAUAAGGGCCCUACUGAAGCUACCAUUGUUGUGAAAAAUACUGUUGAGGUCUUAAAACCCAAAGCUGCAAUUUGGGUGGGAUUUUGCGGCGGUUUAAAGGAAGACAAAGUCAAAUCCGGAGACGUGGUAAUUUCAUCGAAGUUGAGGACGUAUUCCGCUGAAAAAGUGACAGAAGAAAGAACAGUAGAUCGGAAUAUUGCUGCCCCGUCGUUCAAAAAUUUUUUGAACCUCCUGAAAUUCGCAGAUCAUGGCUGGAAUCCACCGUUGAAGGAUGAGGCGGGGCUCAAGGUGAAAGUAGUCAAAAACGGCGUAUUGUUGAGCGGUCCAAAGGUAGUUGAUAAUAAAAAACUACGUUCCGAACGUACCGAGCGAUUCCCUGAUGCGGAUGCUAUAGAAAUGGAGGGCGAGGGUAAGAGUUUAGCAGCUGAGUCAGUCAAAAAAGAGCGGGUAGGACAGGAGUGCGAGGGGUGGGAAGGGCGGAGAGUCUCGUACAUAAACCAAUCGCUUGUUCUGGAAAACACACGAGCAGAUAAAAUAACCGGGGUAUUUUUUCCUUUUACAUUCCAGCUAACCCUGGACCAUGCGUUGCCAAAGUUAAACAAUUGUAGUUUUAGAGGAUGAAGAAAUUAACAAUAAAGUCAAAAUUAAGAUUAGGGAUUUCAUUUUUUCUUUUCACGUUACUUCAUCUCUCGUUUUUCAUUUAUAUGUUUAAUAUAUAUAUAUUUUCUCCCCGACCCAACCUUACACGGUACCCAAUUUCUCGACCCAAAAGCGAAUGUUGUUGAAUUAAUUGUUAUGUUAUGAGAGGCGGUUUAAUAGCCUAGUUUUCGUAUGUCGGGAAAAUUCCAGACGAUCGGGGAUUUUACUCAACCGUUCCAGAUUUUGGCGACUAAUGAAAAUACGUUUGCUUGGCACCUGUAGUUGAUUGCGUAAUUGUCCUUGUUCUUUUCAGGUCUCUACGCAGCGGCACACGAACUGAAAAUGGAAUGGGUCGUUAUUAAAGGCGUUUCUGACUUCGCAUAUGGUACGAAAUCUAGCUUAGAUCACUGGAGAUCAUUCGCGAGUUUUAUGGCAGCUUCUGUAACUGCUCACAUCCUCAACAAUCCCAAUGCGUUCAAGAACUGGCCUCAUUAUGGUGGUAAG